AUGGGCCAGGGUGGCCCAGGCCCCAAUCGGCCCACCGUCGACGUGGCAGAGGUGGCCCUUCUCUCUCUCUCCAUCGCAGAGACCGCCGGCGGUGCGGUCGAGGCGCUCCCGAUCACCACGCUGGAGCGCCCGUGCUACCUCGCGGACCUGCGGCAGGCCACGGUGCCCGAGGGGCACACGGGCGCCCUGGCCCUGAACGGUGGCGCCUUGACGGUGUCGUGGAAUGGGGCCGGUAGCAGCAUGACGUACCAGGCCGUGCAGAACGUGGGCGGCAUGAGCGCGUGGCCACCGUUAGCGAGCUUCACGACGGGCAGCGUGUACGAGAUACAGGCCACGGGCGUGGGCGGGCACCCGAUGCACUGGCACGUCAACUCGUUUCAGAUCCAAAGCAUGGGUGGAGCAGCCUCCCUUGGCAACGGUUAUUUCCAAGCUGGAGACUGGCACGACACGCUUUACCUCGAAGCCCUAGGAGGUGGCACCCUGGUUGCCCGCAUGAACACCGACAGGUUCACUGGCAAAAUGGUUGUCCACUGUCACAUCCUCAGCCACGAGGACAGCGGGAUGAUGGGCUACAUCUCGCUCACUGGCACGGAGGGAGCCGUUUUCGAAGAGGCAAAGACUCUCGACCCCACCUGCUACGACAUCGCUUUCGCAGUCGCGUCGGCCCCGACUUCAUCACCAACGCCUGUGGAGUCAACUAUCACGCCGUCGACUACCGCGCCGUCAACUAUCACUUCUACUGCUUCUGCCACUUCCACUUCCGCUCCCGCUUCUAGCUCUACCACGUCCGUGUCCACUUCCACUUUCUCUUCGCUUGUUACCCCUACUGCCGCUUCCUCUGCCACUUUCACUGCUUCCCUUUCCACUUCCACUUCUGGUUCUGUGGUUGCCACUACUACCGAUUCCUCUGCCACUUCCAUUUCUGCAGUUUCCACUGCCACGUCCACGUUCAUGACCACGUCCGCUUUUACUGUCGCUUCCUCUGUCACCAGUACCACUUCCAACUACUGCGGUUGCUCUGAUGAGUUGGAGCCUGUCUGCGGAUUCGAUGGUGCCACAUAUUCCAGUGCUUGCUUCGCCGAGUGCUACAUUGGGGGGUACCAGUACGACGGGGAGUGUGUUGGAGCAUCGCUCGACUGCGGUGCCUGUGCAGAUUCGGACCGAGACUGUAAGCCAGAUGCAUCCGCCACCUGGGAUGAGGUGAUCUGCGAUGAUGGGUACUUUCCUGUGCUAGGUUAUUACUGCCAUCCAGGGUGCGAUUCGUGCUUUGGCUGCUUCGUGGACGGGACUGCCCCCACAACGCCGCCAACAUCUACCGCUCCAGUCCGCGGCCCUGCAUCACUCAUCUUUCUAGUAGGGACGAUGCUGUUGCAGUGA